AUUGCUCUCUCAAACUCAAUCUAAAAAUCUUGCUAGAGAUUUCUUCCAUUCAUCACCACUAAGCCACACUAGACACUACAAUCAUUAUCAAGUCCCAUUUGGGUUAUUUUUUGUCAUUUAAAAAGAAAAUCAAAGCAAGAGUUUCUUUGAAGAAGACUUGUACACAAAGAUGAGUUCAAGCAGAACUUGGGCUGUGGCAGCCAGUGUUGGAGUUGUGGAGGCCUUGAAGGACCAGGGUCUGUGUAGGUGGAACAAUGCUUUAAGAUCAGCACAAUAUCAAGUGAAAAACCAUGUGAGAUCCUUGUCUCAGGCAAACAAGGUUUCUUCUUCCUCAUCUUCUGCUGUGGUUUCUAGUAGAUUAAAGGAAGAGGGUGCGAAGCAGUCAGAGGAAUCAUUGAGGACAGUCAUGUACUUAAGUUGUUGGGGUCCCAACUAGAGUCAUAAGGCAAUUACUAAAUAACUAAAUAUUUGAUAGGGAAAGUUGGGGCAGAGAUUUGUAGACUUGUAAUGAUGCUUGUUAAUUAGCAUUCAAAGUUGCGACAGAUAUUGAUGUAAAUCUUGAUAAAUGAAAAAUAGAAGUGUUAACUGUUAAGCAAUUCCAAA